ACUCCUCUCCAGAGCCACCAGGGAAGAAAGGAAGACGACGAAACAGUUUUAACCAGUUCACCAGUCGAACGAAGACGAGCGCCAGCCUGCUUCCCGCCUCUCUGUCGAAGGAUGGACUAAAAGCAAAGAGAAAAAGCCCCCGGCCGUCCCAUUUGUCUUCUGCGUCUUUGCCCGUCCGGACAUCCAUCGAAACUCUUUAUGCCCGAGAAACCAGCCACGAUAGCAGCCUACGCUGCUGGGGCGUCUCUGGCUGCCAUCACCCUCUUCUACGUGUUCGGACCCAAUUUCACGAUUGACGGCGAAGAUUCCAACAUUAGCGGACGCAAGAAGGGCAUCGUUGGUCUGUCCAACCCGGCCAAUGACUGCUUUAUCAACUCUGUUCUACAAGCCCUGGCGGGCCUAGGCGAGCUGCGAGUAUACCUCAUCCGCGAACUACAUAAGCGAGACCUCGAAGGCGCUGAGAUAUACGAUGCCUUGCCACCGGCAGAAGACCUCAGGGCCGGUCAGGAUGCGGAGAAGGUGCAGAAGCUGCAGCUUGCGCCGGUUACGAGGGCGUUGAAGGAUAUGCUGGACGGGUUGAAUGAGCGGCCGAUAUACAAGAAGACCAUAUCUGCGAGAGCGUUUGUGAUUGCCCUGGAACUCGCUUUCCGAACGAGGAUAAGUAGGAGUCAGCAGGAUGCACAGGAGUUCUUACAAGUUGUGGUUGAGCGCCUGUGUGAUGAGUAUCAUGCCGGUGAGAGGGCGAGGAAGCGAGCUCUCAGGAACAAGCUUGCCACUGCUUCUACCUCUUUACCCAUGGCCAAUGGUAGUGAGGAAUUGUCGAAGGAAGAGAUCGACGGCGAGAAUGCGAGUGCUGCCAUGCCAACGAUAGAGCUCGCUCAUGCCGAGUCUGUUACCGAAUCAGAGAACGGCUUCCCUCUCGAAGGAAUGCUCGAAUCCCAGAUUGAAUGCCAGCACUGCAAAUAUAAGUAUAAACCGAAGCAGACAACUUUUGUCAACUUGACCCUACAAGUCCCCCAGAAGAGCUCGGCGACUUUGAGCUCUUGUUUCGACGGACUUUUAAAGACGGAAUUCAUUGACGAUUUUCGCUGUGAGAGAUGCCAGCUCAUCUAUACCCUUGAGCAGAAAGUCAAGGCCCGAUCCCGUACCUCGUCAGAAAAGACACAGGAAUUACUAAGUAACGAGAUAGCGCUUCUUAAGAAUGCUAUUGAAAACGACCCCGAAAUCAUCCCCGAGGGCGUCACCAUGCCCAGUCCGUCGGAAGUGCCUCGCCGCAAGAUAGCAAAACACAUGCGAAUCACCGUGUUUCCCAAGGUGAUUGCUAUCCAUCUCUCUAGGUCAAUAUUCGACCAUGCAUUCUCUACCAAAAAUGCAGCCAAAGUUUCAUUCCCCGAACGUCUAGCCCUGGGUGGUAUUCUCGAGAAGAAAUGGUACAAACUGCUUGCCAUUGUCUGCCACAAGGGAAGCCAUAACAGCGGCCACUACGAGUCCUUUAGACGGAACCACGUCUACGCGCCCUUUUCAACACCGGAUGCUUUCCAUUCAUACGCUCAAAGCCGGUCACAGAGCCAGAACCCAUCUACUUUCCCUAGUCCACGCAUGAAACCCUCUUCUUCCUCAAAACAAGCCACAGACGACAUCACCCCCUUGAACAUGUCGCCCGUCUCCAGAUCCCCAUCUACCACUACAUCAACAUCUUCAUUCCCAGCCGCAGGAGGCACACCCACAGACACCGCUACGACAUCCUCUAUACCUUCCCGGCCUGCCUCAGGUCAAGCACAGAUGUCUGCACCACAUCUAUCUCCCGAACAACCUCGCUCACACUCCCAGUCGCAAUCUAUGUCAGACACCCAGUCCGGUGUUCCAGAUAGAGCGCCUUCUACUUCCUCGUCUUCCAUCAGACGGCACAUAGAUGCAGCUCUACCAGGGGACCUUCUCUCGCCAAAGCGGGAUUCAACCUCCACCAGAAGAAACAAUGCACCUACCCCUUCUCCUGAAUCGCCACGACCAUCAACAUCGUCUAGGUUCAGAUGGAAGAAGAAACCAAACGAACGUUGGUGGCGUAUCAGUGAUGAGAAAAUUAGGGAAUGUAAGACAACUGACGUUUUGAACAUGCAGAAGGAAGUUUACUUAUUAUUUUAUGAGCUGGAGCGACCUAGCGAUGAGGCAUGAUAUCAUAUGGCUUUUUUUUUUUUUUUUUUUUUUUUUUUUAAUUCUCCUAUUUUUCGCUUUUCGUUCGGCUCCUCGCUUUCCAUGGCCCAUCAGUCGUUUACUGUUGGAUACUUGUUACCAUUGCACAUAUGCAUUUACACAGAUGAAGCAUUACUAUAUAUAUCUCAUGGCCAGGGGAGAUUGAUUUGUAUGUCUAUGUUUAGAUACCGAUUCCUGCUUAGAAACCUGACCAUCGUAUGACAUAUGAGCUCACGCCGUAAUCCACAACUCUCCGGUAGCAGAACUGUCUUUAGGAUCGGCCAUAUGGCUUGUAGCCAGAC